AUGGAAGGAAUCUCGGAUGUGCAGGAGUUGAAGGCUUCACUGCGUAGACUGCACGGCUUCCCGAUUUGCAUGCAACGGUUGAUUCAAAAUGGCAGUGCACUGGACAGUUCCAUCAAGAUAGAUGGCCCGCUUGAGUUAGAAUUGGUCCUGUUAUCUCCUUCCACCGAUGUGCAGCGCAAAAGAGCCCAAGAAGAGUUUGCCGAGUCUUGCAAGCAAGGCUACCUGGAGGUUGCGAAGAUGCUUCUCCAAGCUGGCGUGACUGUAGAUGAGAAUUUCUUUUGCAGGGGCAACCCGGCACUCAUGCUCGCAGCUGAGCAUGGCCAUAUGGAGAUCGCCCAAAUGCUGUUGGAAGCUGGUGCUGACAAGGACAUGAGGAACAGGGGCGGUGACACAGUUCUUAUGCUUGCAGCUGAGAAUGGUCACGUGCAGAUCACGCGUCUGCUUUUGGAGGCGGGUGCUGACAAGGACCGAGAGAAUCGACAAAUGGACACAGCCCUUCUGCUCGCAGCUAAGAAUCGCCAUGUGACAGUCGUACAGCUGCUUUUGGAGGCUGGUGCCAACAGCGACCAUGAGAACUGGGGCGGCACAGCUCUUAUGCAUGCAGCUAAGAAUGGCCAUUUAGAGAUAGUACGGCUACUUUUGGAAGCUGGCGCCAACAAGGACCGUGCCAAGCGGGGGUUCCGUACCGCCCUCAUGCUCGCAGCUGCAAACGGUUACGUAGAGAUCGCAAAACUGCUUGUACAAUCUGGUGCCAAUACGGACGCUCAAAACCGUGGGGGCAACACGGCCCUCAUGCUCGCAGCUGAGAAUGGCCACGUGGAGAUCGCAAAGCUGCUCUUGCGGGCUGGUGCCAAGAAGGACUCCGUCAAUCGGGAGGGCGACACAGCUGCCAUCCUCGCAGCUAGUAAUGAUCACAUGGAGAUCGUGCAGCUGUUUUCUGCCAACAAUGAACAGGAGAAGCGCUGUGGCAACACGUGCUGGCAACCUAGAGGUCGAAGUUGCCGCAAACAGGCACGAUGA